CAAAAUAUUUGCGUAUUUGCAUGCGUCGGCGAAUUAUGUUUGUUUGGAGGAUAAACUUAUUUAAAAAUUUUUGCAAUGGAUAUAAUUAGUUUCAAAAAUUAGUGAUAAAAGUUAUUAGUUAAUUUUGAGUGUUUGAAUUUUUUUAAAUUAUUAAUUAUUCAUUAUUAUAUACAGAUCUAUUUUUUCUAACAUAUAAAGAUUUAUUACAUGAUGGCGAUUGAAGAGGAGCUUACACCGCGUGACUAUCAAAUUGAAUUGUUUGAAAAAGCUGUGAGAGGCAAUGUGAUUUUAUAUCUACCAACUGGUUCUGGAAAAACUUUUAUUGCAAUAAUGUUGAUAAAGCACAUGAGUGCUGAUUUAAGAAAACCAUGGAAUGAAGAUAAAAAACUAACUGUAUUCUUGGUAAAUACAGUUCCUUUAGUCAAUCAACAAUGUGAGUGCAUUUCUCGUCAAACAGACUUAAAAUGUGGCGCAUAUUCUGGAGAUAUGAAUGUUGAUUAUUGGUCGAAAGAUCAAUGGAAUAAUGAGUUUAAAGAAAAUCAAGUUUUAGUAAUGACAUCUCAAAUAUUGUUGGAUUUGUUAACCAAGUCGUUCUUACCAUUGCCACGAAUAAAUCUCAUUAUUUUUGAUGAAUGUCAUCAUGGAGUCAAAGAUCAUCCAAUGCGGCAGAUAAUGAAAUCAUUCGAAGUUUUUGAUGAAGCUCAACAUCCAAAGAUAUUGGGUUUGACAGCAACCUUAAUAAAUUCUAAUAUUAAUGCUAAUCAAGUUACAGUGCCAGUAAAAAGUCUGGAGAAUACUUUUCAUGCUAAAGUUGUCUCAGUUGAUAGUAUUUCAAUUAAAAAUAGAUAUGGAAAUCCAUGUGAAAAAAUUAUUGAGUACAAUUCACCGGUAGAAAGCGAAAUUUUUCCGAAAUUAUGCGCAAUAAUCAAGUCUGCUAGUAGCUUGCUAAGUAUAUUAGAUAUAAAAAAAAAUUAUAUCAAUGAAUCCAGUCCCGAGUUUCGACCUAAAAAAACAAGUAUGAAAUUGAAGAACACUUUCCAAGAUAUUGAAUGGCAUCUUUUAGAAUUAGGUCUUUAUGCUGGAAAUACUGGAAUUUUACAUUAUAUGAUUCAAGUUGAAAGAUUCAAACAUUUCCAUGAUACUAACUGUCUUUCAGUUUACGACUACAUAAAAACUUCAUUGAUGCGCAUGCAAAAAAUUAUUUAUAAACAAAUGAAUGAACCUACUGAAGUGCAAAAUAUAAUGAAAUAUUCUUCCGAUAAAAUGACAAAAUUAUUCAAUAUCUUAAAAAUAUGUUAUAAUGAAAUAAAACAGAGAGAUCAACAGUUCUCCUGCAUUAUUUUUGUAAAAAGAAGAUUUACUGCAAAAAUUUUAUAUCAUAUUUUAAAAAAAUUGAAUGAACUUAAUGAAGACUUUAAAUUUUUGUCUUCAGAGUAUGUAAUUGGUAAUAACUCCGAUCCAUAUAAAAAACCGAUUGAAAAUAUGUGUCUAAAGAAAUGGAAUAUGGAAGGAUUACUUAAAUUUCGAACAGGGGAAUCUAAUUGUCUCAUAGCAACGCAAGUUCUAGAAGAAGGUGUAGACGUUCAACAAUGUAGUCUAGUGAUUAAUUUCGAUUCACCAUCAGAUUUUAGAUCGUAUGUGCAAAGCAGAGGACGUGCUCGCGAUGAAAAUAGUUUGUAUGUCUCAUUUACGGAAAUCGGUGAUGAGAAUUUUUCUAAACGUCAUAAGGAAUUUAAAAGCGUCGAAAAGGUUUUGAAUGAUAGUAUAGUUGAAAAUACUGUUGAAAGAAUAGAACCUCUACCAGAAGAAAUUAAAAUUGAUCUGUACAGUCAUAAUAUUGAACCAUACGUUGUGACAGAUCAGAAUGGAAUGAUUUCUCAAAUUACAGAAGUGUCAGCAAUACCAUCGAUAAAUAACUAUUGUGCGAAAUUAGCACAAUCAAAGUUUUCAUGUAUUCAACCUACAUAUAAACUGUAUAAAGUACCAGGUGAAAAUGAUGAAGCAAAGGAUAAUUUUGUAGUAUCAAUAUGCCUUCCAUUACUUUCACCACUAAGAAAUACUAUUUAUGGAAGUAUAAUGCCAUCAAAAAAGUUAGCGAAACGAUCAGCUGCUAUGGCAGUUUGCAAAGAACUUCAUAAAAUGAAAGAAUUGACAGAUAGAUUAGUACCACGUGAAAUUGAUGAUGCAGUCGAAGAUAUUUCAUCAUUGCUAAAAUAUUGGCAGGAAGAAUCACCUGAAAAUAAAAAAAAAGUAGGAGAACCAGGCAAUAAACGUUUUUAUGAUAUAAUUUAUCCAAAAGCGUUUCAAAAUGCCUUUCCAUCAUCUGAUGAAGAUGUUUAUCUUCAUAUCAUUGAAGCAAAACCUAUGUAUCCAGUUCCUACUGAAAACAGAGAUCGCGUGUUAUAUAAUCUCUUUAAAAGCUCUUCUAGUUUUGCCAUACUCUCAAGUAAAAAAAUUCCAAAACUACCAGAAUUUUCAAUUUAUAUGAAAAUGGGUCGAGUGAAUGUAAAGCUUCAAACUAACUUUAAAUGUUUAAAAUUGUCUUCCGAGGAAAUCCAAGAACUUCGUCAUUUUCAUUGGUUAAUUUUCAAAGACAUCCUAUCACUUAUUAAAGAAUUCAUGAUUUUUGAUUCUCAAAGUAAAGAAAACAAUUUUUUAAUUGUUCCAACUGAUAAAGAUGGAGAACUUAAUUGGUCAGUUAUACGGAAUUAUAAAUCAUUAGAAAAAGUAUAUCCAAGAAAUAUUCCACAAAAUGCAAUAACAAAUGGAAUCGAUGACGUAAUUCUAGAAAAUUAUUCUGAUUGGGAAUUAGUGUCUCCUAACUAUCGAUCAGCAACGAAUAUUUAUGUCGUAACGCGAGUUUGUCAUGAUCUAAAUCCUCAAUCAAUUUUUCCCACUGAUGAUUACAUAUGUUAUUCCCAUUAUUUUCAUGAAAAACAUAAAAUUGAAAUAUCUAAUAUGACACAACCACUUCUCGAAGUAAAGCCAAUUUCUGAUAAAAUAAAUUUCAUAAAAAAAAGGGCACCUAUGUCCCCCAACAAACGAAAACGUGAUAACCUUGAAGAACAUUUAAUUCCAGAAUUAUGUUGUAAAAUCAAUUUUCCUGCAAUCUAUUAUCUUAAAGCACAAACUUUACCUUCAAUUCUUCAUAGAAUUAAUCAACUACUAAUUGCUGAGGAAUUACGACAGCAAAUUGCUACUGAAGCUCAACUUGGAUCUAUAUCAGCAUCAGAAGAUCAAGAUUCGUGGGAAACUCUGCAUUUCUCUGAUGAUGAGAUACCUAGUGACGAAGAAGCUACAAAUGAAAAUAUUGAUGAUACUGAUGAAUACGGUACACACAUUGAGGAUAUCUUAGAUGAAACUGAUGAUCAUGAUAAUGUAAAGGAAGAUACCAAAACUGAAGCAGAUAUAAAUAUCUUAAGCUUGAAUAAAAACGUUUAUCCAUGGACGAGUAUGAAAGAACCGCGCGAUUUAGAACGAAAUAUUUCAGCAAUAAAGUUAAUAGAUAUUGAAUAUUAUAAUUGUUUUCAACAUUCAUUAUAUUCUCUUACUGAAUCAGCUAAUAAUCGUAAGGAAUUUUGUACACGUCAACCAGUGGUUAAAAUACCAAGUCUUACCAUUAUAAAUAAAACUAUAGGAAAACAGCCAAGUGCAGCGGAUUUACUCCCAGCAUUGAUAGUUAAACGAGCUAAUGACUCAAUUAAUCUAGAAAGAUUGGAAACAUUAGGAGACUCAUUUUUAAAAUUUAUCAUUUCUUUGUAUUUAUUCGAACAAUACGCUUAUCAACCUGAAGGUCGGUUGACAGGAUAUAAAGGAAAAAUCAUAGGCAAUAGAUAUUUAUAUUAUUGUGGAGUGAAUAAAGGAAUUCCUGGGAGAUUAAAAGUAGAAGACUUUGUACCAAAAAGUAAUUUUAUUUCACCAUCUUUUUGUACACCUCAAGAAAUUCAACAAAUGAUACGUUCACAAAAUAAAUCGCCAAGUGUUUUAUAUGAAGUUAAUAUACCUCAAUCCGAACAAUUUCAAGGUAUAAUAUCUGAUGAAACUCGCAAUGAAUUUUUGAAUAAAAUUUCUUCAUGGAUAAAUCCCACAGGUUCUACAGGAGUUGAGCACUUUAUAAACAUUCAAAAUAUUCCAGAUAAAACGAUAGCUGAUUCCGUUGAAGCUAUUAUUGGUGUUUAUCUUAAAAACAUGAAUUUGUUAGGAGCUAGCAAACUCCUACAAUGGUUUGGAAUCAUUCCGGAUCAAGUAAACGUUGAACAAAUAUUGUUUGGCACUCCAAAAAGUGCAGCAUUAAACGUUGGUGAUGUAAAUAUUUACAUGAAUUGGGUAGAUCAUAUAGAAGAGGUUCUAGGCUAUAAAUUUAGAGAUCGUACAUUUUUACUUCAAGCAUUCACUCAUGCUUCAUACUCUCCGAAUAAAAUAACAUUAAGUUAUGACAGACUUGAAUUUCUUGGUGAUGCAGUAAUCGAUUUUCUGAUUACGGUUUAUAUUUACGAGAAUUGUAAUAAUUUAAAUCCUGGAGAAUUAACUGAUUUAAGGUCAGCCCUCGUAAAUAAUAUCACAUUUGGAUGUUUAACUGUAAAAUAUAAAUUAAAUACUGCCUUACUUUCUUACACUCCUACUUUAUUUGAAAGUAUUGAUAAUUUUGUGAAAUUUCAAGAAGAUAGAAAUUAUGUGGUUGAUGACGAGUUACUUUGGAUUCUCUUAGAAGAAGAUGAUUGUGAUGUAGCAGAAUAUGUUGACGUGCCUAAAGUUUUAGGUGAUAUUUUUGAAUCCGUAAUAGGAGCUGUUUAUUUAGAUAGUGGUAAAGAUCUCAAAAGGACUUGGAGCGUUCUUUAUUCAUUAAUGCAUGACGAAAUUAAUAAAUUUAGUAAAAAAGUGCCCAAGCAGGCUAUUCGUGUCCUUUACGAAACUCCAGGUAUUAAACCUCGAUUUUCGAAAAUUGAAAUUGAUGAAAAUACCAAAAAAAUAUUGGUAACUUUAGAAAUUAGAACUCUUGGUAAAUAUCGCUAUUUUCAUGGAUUUGGCAAGACUAAAAAAUUAGCAAAAGUAGGCGCAGCCAAACGAGCUCUAAAAUUUCUUCAGAAAUGUAAUUAACAAAUUUAUUCAAAUGAUGAGAGGAAAAAAGAUUGUAAAUUGAUUGUAUCUUACAAUAAUUAUGUACUUGAUUUAAAAGAUAAAUAAUAAAAAUUUUAUGACUAUUA